AUGAACAUGCCCUCAACACUACCCCCCGGGGGCGAGGACACCACCUGGACCCCCGGGACCAACGCCAGCAGCGCUCCGGAGGAGGAGGAGGAUGCGGUGCGGUCCGACAGCACGGGGACAGCGGGCAUGGUCACCAUCCAAUGCAUAUAUGCGCUCGUGUGCCUGGUGGGCCUGGUGGGCAACGCCCUGGUCAUCUUCGUGAUACUACGCUAUGCCAAGAUGAAGACAGCCACCAACAUCUACCUGCUCAACCUGGCGGUCGCCGAUGAGCUCUUCAUGCUGAGCGUGCCAUUCGUGGCCUCGGCGGCCGCCCUGCACCACUGGCCCUUCGGGGCGGUGCUGUGUCGAGCAGUACUUAGCGUGGAUGGCCUUAACAUGUUCACCAGUGUCUUCUGCCUCACCGUGCUCAGCGUGGACCGCUAUGUGGCUGUAGUGCACCCUUUGCGCGCCGCCACCUACCGGCGGCCCAGCGUGGCCAAGCUAAUCAACCUAGGAGUGUGGCUAGCAUCCUUGUUGGUCACCCUGCCCAUCGCAGUCUUUGCUGACACCAGGCCGGCUCGCGGGGGCGAGACCGUGGCUUGCAACCUGCACUGGCCUCACCCAGCCUGGUCUGCAGUCUUCGUGAUCUAUACUUUUUUGUUGGGCUUCCUACUCCCGGUUCUGGCCAUCGGUCUAUGCUACCUGCUGAUUGUGGGCAAGAUGCGUGCGGUGGCCCUGCGGGCGGGCUGGCAGCAACGGAGGCGCUCAGAGAAGAAGAUCACGAGGCUCGUGCUGAUGGUGGUGACCGUCUUUGUGCUGUGCUGGAUGCCCUUCUAUGUGGUGCAGCUUCUGAAUCUGUUUGUCACCAGCCUCGAUGCCACAGUCAACCAUGUGUCCCUCAUCCUCAGCUAUGCCAACAGCUGUGCCAACCCCAUUCUCUAUGGCUUCCUCUCUGACAACUUCCGGCGCUCUUUCCAGAGGGUUCUGUGCCUGCGCUGCUGUCUCCUGGAAACAACUGCAGGGGCCGAGGAAGAGCCCCUGGACUAUUAUGCCACUGCUCUCAAAAGCAGAGGGGGCGCAGGAUGCAUAUGCCCCCCACUGCCCUGCCAGCAGGAGCCCAUGCAAGCAGAACCUGGCUGCAAGCAAGUUCCUUUCACCAAGACUACUACUUUCUGAAAACCAUUUUCACCCUCCCUCAGCUCAUCUGCAAAAGGUCGCACCACCCUCUCAGCUCAGCAACUUCAAGAACAACUCUUGUUUUCAGGAAGC